AUGUCCCUGCAGUAUGGGGCAGAGGAGACUCCCCUAGUUGGCAGUUACGGAGCAGCCGACUUGUUCCCCAAGGACUUCGGCUACGGUGUGGAGGAGAAGGAAGAAGAGGCAGCAGUGGUCGGCGGUGGUGGCACGGGGGCCGGCGGUGGCUGCGGCCCGGGCAGCGCUGACAGCUCCAAACCAAGGAUCCUACUCAUGGGACAGCAGCACAGCUGCGAGUCCUCCAUCCUAGUGUUUCCUAAGAUGUCACCCAAUGAGACUCUCUUUUUGGAAGGUACAAACAAGAUUUAUAAAGAUGAUAUUUCCAAUAGCUCCUUUGUCAACUUCCAGAUUUGGGAUUUUCCUAGACAGAUGGACUUCUUUGACCCAACCUUUGACUACGAAAUGAUCUUCAGGGGGACAGGAGCAUUGAUAUAUGUCAUUGAUGCACAGGAUGACUACAUGGAGGCUUUAACACGACUUCACAUUACUGCCUACAAAGUUAACCCAGACAUGAAUUUUGAGGUUUUUAUUCACAAAGUUGAUGGUCUGUCUGAUAAUCAUAAAAUAGAAACACAGAGGGACAUUCAUCAAAGGGCCAAAGAUGACCUUGCAGAUGCUGGGCUAGAAAAGCUCCAUCUUAGCUUCUAUCUGACCAGCAUCUAUGACCACUCAAUAUUUGAAGCCUUCAGUAAGGUGGUCCAGAAACUCAUUCCACAACUGCCAACUUUGGAAAACUUACUAAAUAUCUUUAUGUCACAAAAUCUACAUUGCAACAGAAUAUAUCUUCUUCUUAGCACCCCAUGGAACCUUCUCAAAAAUUGACCACAUGCUUGGACA